AUGAGGCGGCUGCGUUCGGUGCGAACCCUCUCGAGGCACCUCCGCUUGAGCUGGUCUUUGUCGAGCGGGGACAUGCUCUUUUCUCUGUCUUGGGAUUUCACGUCGCGCCUCCGUCUCGGCUCGGCGGAAGUCAUGAUGCCUUUGGUGCGCAGGAGUACCGCCGCGGGUCUCGCCCACUAUUGUUGUUUUGUGCCGGAAAGAGGAGAGCGAGAUGGACAGAAAGGAGGAGGCGCGAGGUCCGGGAGAGCUGUCUCUCGUUCGGGAAGGGCAACCAUGUCGAGCACGGGCAGGCGACGAUGCCGCCGAGACGCCUGCUUCGCUAGCUCGCCCGAGGAGGUGUCGGUGGCGGCACCAAGACCUCCAUCAUCACGGAAGUUUCCGGCGUUGGUUGCCUUGCUCUUGACCUACCUUGGCACCGCGGAGGCCUUCGUUGCCAGCAGCAGCUUGCGAGGGAUCGAGGCGCACCGCAACGCGGGGUUGCAGUCGGCAAGGACGGCAGGACGAGCAGGCCUCGUGGCGAUGAUGAGCGAGAGGCGUGGGCUGUGGCCCGGGCGACCAACGAUUGACCUGAGGAGCGAUACUGUCACCCAGCCAACUGGCGGCAUGCGCAAGGCCAUGCAAAAGGCGGAAGUGGGGGACGAUGUUCUCGGCGAAGACCCGACCGUGCAGAGGCUAGAGGCCGAGACGGCGGAGUUGUUGGGCAAGGAGGCCGCCCUGUUCGUGCCCUCCGGCACCAUGGCCAACCUGAUCUGCCACCUCAUCUGGUGCUCCAACAGGGGGUCGGAGAUGAUCGUCGGAGACCAGUCUCACUCGUUCUUAUGGGAGCAAGCAAACGCGGCGCAGUUCGGGGGUAUCGGAUACCGGCCACUCACAAACCUUCCCGACGGAACGAUGGAUCUUAGGGCGGUCGAAGCGGCCGUGAGGGGCAACAACCCGUGCUUUCCGGUGUCCCGGCUGGUGACGGUGGAGAACACGCACGCGCAGCGGGGGGGAAAGGUCCUGCCGAUCGAGUUUCUCGACGACCUGGCAGUGCUCGCGCAGGACGAGGGACUGAGGGUGCACAUGGACGGGGCGCGGUUGUGGAACGCGGCGGCUGCUUCCGGCCUCCCGCUUUCGAGGAUAGCGGCAGGGGUGGACAGCGUGUCGGUCUGCUACUCGAAGGGGUUGGGGGCGCCGGUAGGCUCAGCCGUUGCCGGUUCCGAGGACUUCAUCAACCGAGCUCUCCGAGUUCGGAAGGCGCUGGGCGGGGGCAUGCGGCAGUCGGGGGUGGUGGCUGCCGCGGCGUUGGAGGGGCUGAGAAAACACUUGCCCCGCAUCGGAGACGACCACGCUAACGCGCGACGACUUGCCCAGGGUUUCUACGACCUGGGGAUGCCGAGCGCGAUCGACGUGGACCCUUCUUCGGUGCAGACGAACAUCGUUCUCGUUACCGUGGGCCCGGACCUUUCGGACGAGGGGGUCACGGCCGCGGUGGUUUGCGAGAGGCUCCAGGACAAGGGGAUCCUGGCCAUGGCCAUCAUGAAGGGCGUCAUCCGAUUCGUCACGCACUCUCAGGUUUCCGGCCCGGACAUCCAGCGGACGGUGUCAAUGAUGAAGGAAGUGUUGGACGAAGCCGGUCUUAACCCGCUGGGGGUAAGCCGUACGCCGCGCUACAAUGCGGAGGACGAGCUCGAGUGGCAUUCACCCGAUAACGUCGAAGCAGCAGCAGCGGCGGCGGCGGCGGCGGCGGCGGACCCCGCCGCUUCUCCCGACCAGCUGGGCGGAACGGCCAACGGCAUCAUGGACGGCGGCGAGGUUGUUAUCGUAAGCGAGAUCUCCAACGCCGUCUCGGGAGACGCGGGGCCGGACUCCCGCGGCUUCCCGGACUCUUCUUUCGCGGACGCGAAGACGGUGGUAUCUCCGGAGAUGGGCUCUGGCGGUGCUACGACGGCGGAAUUGUCGACCUCGGCCGCCGCCGGUGCGGACGGCGCUACGGGGGUUUCCGGGGAGGCCGGUUUGGAGGCUGGCGAAGGGGCUGACGGCGUUGGAGAGGAGGGUGCGGGGGAGGAGGAUAAGGACGAGCUGCCGCCGUUCGUGGAGAAGUUCGAGGAGGUUGAGCUUCAGGGCAUGGCGGUAAGCACCGAAGGGUUCGUGGCGAUAAUGACAAGCAAAGAGUCGACGCGAGCCCUCAGGCUGGUGGUAACUCCGGACGACCCCAUGUCGGGGGGUUUGGACGUCGAGCAGGCAGAGACUUCUGAAGCCCGCACCCUCCUGCAGCUCAUGCAGGGCAUCGACGUAGCCCGCCACUUGCCUCACGACGCCCUCGGCAACCUGAUGGACCUCUCGAUGAGGACCGGGGUCCAGCUGAGCACCGUGUACGUGAGCCACAUCAGCCCAUUCUCGGCCACCCUUAUGGCGAAGGUUCCCCAGCGAGACAGCGAGACCGCAGCAGCGGCAGCAGAAUCGGCGGCGGCGGCGGCGGCGGCGGCGCAGCAGCUUCCAUCCUUGCCGGAGGACGCCGCUGCCGCCGGGACCAACGCCGAGGAGGCGUGGUUCGACGCAGGCGCGGCGGCGACGGCGGCGGCGGCGGCGGCCCCGCCGGCCCCGCCGGCCUCUGCGGAUGACGAAGGAGGCGUGCCGGAGACGCCGGUGUCGCCGUCGGUGCCGGGCACGACGAUGGGCUCGGGCUUCGGCCGCCCGAGGCUCGGGCUGUCCAAGAUAGCGGAGACAGCGAACUCUUUUGAGGCCCUGGGGCUUGCGCUGAGGUACCCGAGCAGCCGAAUCUUCGUGCGGGCGGAGCUGCUGGCGCCGCCGGCGGAGGGGGGCGAGGCGAUGGGGCGGAAGGACUCGUCCUCGGCAGCGAGCUUCGAGUCGGGGGACCUCGCGGAGCUGUACCCGAACCUAUUGAAGCUGACCGACGCCAAGGAGCGACGGUCGGCAUCGGAGAGGAUGGACUCGCAGUUCGAGAUGCAGAAGAUUCGACAGCAGCUGGAGAGCGCGAUGAACGCGGGAGACGAUGACAGGAUUUCCGCUCUCCGCGAGGAGCUGAACUCCUUGGUGAUGGCGGAGGGGGACACGACAGCUGCGCCCGUGUCGUGAGAUGGGAUGGGGUGGCAAUGCCGAGCCUUUAACAACACGCAGGUUACGGCAGUGUUUUGCCCUUGACCCAUCCUCGCAGGACCGAGAGUAUUGUCUCCAGGCUGACCGACUGUAUGUGCAGGUGUUUUGAUCGAGGUGCAACGGGGGUGAAAGGGGACACGAAGGAGACGGAUUUGAUCCUGAAACGACCUUUUGGCUAUUGUCCCGCCAUCACUCGCUCUCCUGGAAUGUGGUUUGCGGGUGUCGUCCAAGCGCUGGGUAGCCGUGCAAGGAGAUUGUAAUACUGCCGUCGUCGGUCUUCCCACGUAUCCCGUCCGUCGGUACGUCUUUUCGACCUCGGUCGGAGAAGUUAGCCGGCCUUUGAAAGUAGCUGAGAAUCAUUUGUUUGGAGUGCUUGUGAUGACUCGGUGACUCUCUGUCGUAGAGAGAGAGAGAAAGUUCUUCUCAGCUGGGGUGGGAGCAUCACAUGCCGCGGGGGUUGUCGGCUACAUGGUGCUUGUAAAUUAGCGCGGUGCUUGUGUGUGGUGGAACUGAUGAGUUGGUCAGCCCGCUCUGGUCGUGUCCUCGCAUGCGAACCACCGCGUGUUCCUGGGGAGUUUUUUCUUUUUCGUUUGGUUACUUCGAGGCUCAGAGAAAGCGCCGCAAAUCAGCAAUUAUCCAGUUAUUUUUUCCCAUCCCAUAAGUCCAUCGAGCCCUGCGGACGCUCAAGCGUCACCAGUGUACUCGCGUAAAAUGUUCUACUUCGGAGAGAGGGCGGGGGGGGGGAGACUGGACGGCUGCCUGUGUAUCCUGCACAAUCCUCUGCAACAGUGUUGUUUCCGGUUCUCUGGGGUCCUCUGGAGAGGGGGUCCGCAUUUCCCAAAGUCCGUACAAGUAGAUACGUGUCAGUUUUAUCAUUUGUUGGGUAUAGCUUCCAACUCGCUUGAUUAAGUUUUUGGAAAAAGUGGGUCACGCUACAUACGGAAGUCGCGUUGUUUCUUAUUUUCUUGUUUGUCUUUCCCUCACCCGGGGUGUUCCGGGUCGAAACGCGGGGGGGAGGGGAGGGAUC